CAAAAGCUUUAGAUUGGUUUUGUUAUCACGCUCAAAACAAAAUAUUUCCUCCUCCAAAAAAUAUUUAUACAAAACAAAUGGAAGAGAAGGAAAGGAAGAAGAAGAAGAAGAAGCAAAAACAUCAACACCCCAAUGAUCAGACAACUAAAUCAGCUGCAACAGAUUUUUCCUUCAAGCCAAGCUCUGAAGUAAAGGGUCUGAGAUUUGGUGGACAGUUCAUUGUAAAAUCAUUCACAAUCAGGAAAGCAAGGCCUCUGGAGCUGCUGAAACUGCUUGAUUUCCCACCAUUGUUAAACAAAUCCAAUACCAACAAGCUCCCUUUCCCUUCAACCACAGCUUUUUUGCCUACAAAUUUCACAAUCUUAGCUCACCAUGCUUGGCAUACACUGACUCUGGGUGUUGGCACAAAGAAAUCAAAAGUUAUUUUAUUUGUUUUCGAAUCAGAAACCAUGAAGUUGGCAGUGGAUAGGAUUUGGCCACCAGAGAUUCCUCUUGGGGAAGUGAACAAGAAGCUGAUAAGAGGGUUAACAGGGUGUGAAAUGGCUAGGUUCAAGUUCAGAAAAGGGUGCAUCACUUUCUAUGUUUAUGCGGUGAGAGGUGUAGGAACCAUGGGAUUUUCUUGUGCUGAUGAUCUAAGAACAAUUUUGCAAUCAGUUGUUGCACUCAAGGAUUUCUUGGAUCAUACUGCUAUGCUUGCCAUGCCUAACCAGAGAAGCCUUAGCUACAGCCCUCCAGUCGCCAUGGCUCACUAAUCAUAUUCUUCUUUCUCUUUGUUUAGUUUUGAAAUAUUAGUUUUCUUUGUUUUGGUAGGGGGAUUGGUUUAUUUGUUGGAAGAUCUUGUUCAUGUUAUUAAUUUUCUUUCUUUCCUUGAACAAAG